UUGCUCACUCUCUCCAGCCUUAAACCCCUCAGCUCAAAACCCUUCAUCUUCAAUUCCAACUCUGCCCACUCCCGUUCAAAACGGUGCGCUCGUAUCUCAUACUACUUGACAUUUUUCACUAAUACCCAUUUCGUCUUAACGGUUUGACCCUGUGUUUGUUUCGUCGGAAAGUGUUUCCCGGAAAAUUUACAGAUACCUAUGUGAUAUGCUUUGUUGAAUUCUAAUGGCAUCUGUUUCAGCAACUUGGUUCUAUCAAGAUAGAGGUUUGAGGGGUAUAGCUUCUGCGGAUGCCUUUGUUACUGGGAAGCCAUAUUCCAAAAACUUCCAGUCAUCAUUUCUAGGUUCAUUUCCAGCAGGAAUAUUGCAAGUUAGAUUUCACUUGAAUAAUUCACAGAGGAGGGCUCUUCUACUUCCUUGUAUAAAGUGUGAGAAGGAAGAUGAAUCCUUCAAAGAGGUAUCUGUUGAGCGUCCACCCUACUAUAGUUACAUGGACUCAACAUCUGGGCAGCUUGAACCAGCCUCAGGUGCUCGUGCAAGUAUUCCAGGGGAAGAGUAUUGGCCAGAAGGCACAGCUAGUCGAGUUAGGGCUGCCAGGGCUCCUGAACCAACUGGUAAAUCUUUAGGAUCUCCAUCUUAUGGCAAAAAUCCAGGCAGUAGGAGAAAGUAUAAGACAUCGGUUGCUGCUUCUGAAUCUUCAAAUGUGAGUUUGGAAUCAAGUGAUCCACUGGAAUCUGAAAGUUCAGUGGACACAACAGAAGAGCCUAAUGCUUUCUCUUCUGAUUAUGUUGUUUAUGAAACUGAACCUGAGCAAGAAGAAACUGGAUAUGGGCUAGACAAGAAACUUGGACUUCCUCAUCCCUUUAUUGAUCCAAAAGUGAAGAAGCCUAUAGAAAAUACUCUUUCUAUUGAAGAACAAUGGUGGAACUGGAAAAAGCCUGAGAAGGAGCAAUGGUCAAGAUGGCAAAGGAGGCGACCUGAUUCUGAGACGGUUUUUCUCAAAGCAAUGGCUGAGACAGGGCAAGUAAAGAUUUACGGUGAACAUCCAACAUUAACUGAAACCUCUCUUUACAGAGCUAGACGACAUCUUUUCAAGGAAGAAAGGCUUCGAGCUGAACAAGAGAGACUAGAAAGAAUAGGUCCAAUAGCAUACUACUCGGAAUGGGUUAAAGCAUGGAAAAGGGACACUUCACGUGAAGCUGUUCAGAAACAUUUUGAAGAGACUGGCGAAGAUGAAAACACUCAACUAAUUGAAAUGUUUUGCCAUCAAACAGAUCGAGAGUAUCGCGUGAUGAUGGGGACUGAUGUCCGUAUUCCUAGGGAUCCUCUAGCAAUGCGAAUGAAGGAGGAUCAAAUAAAGCAAAUAUGGGGUGGAGAUCCAGUUUAUCCAACUGUGAACUAUAUUCAAGAUCCUGAUGAGGUGAUUGAUUUCAGGGGUCCAGAUUUUCAUGAACCCACACCCAGUAUGCUAGCUUAUUUGAAGGAGCAUGGCAAAAUCAUAUCAAGGGAGGAGCUUGAAAAGACUCUGGCAAACGAGAAGACUGAAGAAUUAGAGAUGACAGAUAUGGAUGAGGCCAUGGCACGAGCUGUUGACAUUGGUGAAGAUGAUGAUGAAGGAGAGGAUAGUGAUGUUGAGGUUGAGGAAGAAGCAGGGGAGAAAAUUACACGCAAUUGGAGUGUUUUGAAAAGUACUCCUGAGCUACAAAAAUCCAAGGAAAAACCUAAGAAAGAGAAUCCCUUAUCUCUGGAAGAAGCAAUAGAUGAUUCUGAGAAUUUGACUGAUUUUCUACUGGACUUUGAAGAAGAUGAUUGAUCUUAUCUCUGUUAUUAAACCUUUCAUGAUAAGUUUUGGAAAAUUGCAAGAGAAAUAGUCAGCACGCUAUGCAUAUAAAUGUUGAAAUGUAGUAGUAUAAUUAUUAAUCAAGAAAAAGAAAUUGUUUCUCUUU